CAAACCCAACAGUUCCCACAUACCAAAAGCCCAAAACACUCACUCGCAAGUCUUACUAGUCUUCCUCUUUUAUCUCCCUCUAUAUAAACAAGUGGUCUUAUCAGUUUCUCUGUCCCUCUCUUUCUUUCUCUUUUGUGUGUUUUUAGUGUCAAACCCUAUUAGGCCUUCUCAAGUGGAACACAAAAUGGAAAAAAACACAAGCGCUCUUGGAUCUCCAUCAUCAACUACAGCAACACCAACCACCUUCGUCCAAGCAGAUGCCCAUACCUUCAGAGAGCUAGUCCAGAAACUCACCGGCGCCGGCGAUGAUUUGCAGGAAAGGCUUCCGAUAACACUUCCGGCUAGACUCUCUGCAAGAUCGUCUCUUUCCGGCGAUAUCGUCGGACCUCGACGAUCGAAUUUCAAGCUUCAAGAAAGGAGACAGAACAUGAGGAAACUCGAAAUCAAGCUUGGCCUCACAUCGAUUCGGAGUCCACCUUACUCGCCUAGACAAACCCAAACUCAAAAUCACCCUAUUGUAUCGCCGAUUCCAAGUCCGGUUACCCCUUUGGGUUCUGAAACUUUGUUCUCUGUUCAAUAUUCUGGUUCGGGUAGCGAAUCACCUUCAUCGCCGGCGGUUUUGGAAGAAGAAAAAGCGAUUGCAGAGAAAGGGUUUUACUUGCAUCCAUCGCCGUUGAGUACUCCAAGGGGUUCAGACCCACCUGAGCUUCUUCCUUUGUUUCCUUUGAGUUCUCCAAGGCAGCAACAACAUGGAGAUCCGUAAAAGGCUUUUGCAGAAGAAGGGUAUGUACUACGUUCGAGGAUUUCUAUAAAGUUCUCGUUUUUCCGCCAUUUUUGUUGGGUUCAAGAUCUUUAUUUCUCGAGACUCGCAAAUUCCCCCAUGUCCCUGUGCUGGGUUUCUGGAAUCUGGUUCUUCUUCUCCUAAUCAGAGAUUCAGAGUUCUUUACUAAGUCAAUUUGUCGAUCAUCAUCAUCAUCAUCAUCAUCAUCACUGAAAGAAAGAUUUGAUGGUGGAAAAUGUAUGGAAAGUAUUUUAUGGUCGGAAUUCGAUCUGGGUUUCUUUAA